UAAAAAUCCGUAUAAUUUCAAGUCAAGUAAUUGUAUUCUUAGUUUUUAGUAUCAUUCGGAGUAGAAAGCAAAGUAUUUUUAGCGCAUGAGUGGUAAAGCACUAUAGUACGUCACAGAGAGCAGUCAUCUUUCCUGCAGCGCUUCAAUAUCCAACUGAUAACAUAGCAAGUUGCCGAUGUGAACCAAGAAAAGUUGUAGGAGACUUGCGCCAAAAUGUUACUCUAGUUUGAUUCACUUUGUAUGGAGUUAUUUCAGGAGCAAUAUGCGAAUGAAAGGGUUGAAAAACAUAGGUGCACGUGUGCUCCCUUUUUAUUUUUUUCUACUCCCACAGUCUAUUUCUAGGCGCACAUGCGGGUGAAAUGCUGGCACUGUACAGCCGCUUCUUCAUUUGAACCAUCAGCCGUUCCCUCAUCUUCUGUUUCCCUUCUUGUUCAGGCUGGAUGAGUGGAGUCACGGUACCUCGUCUUAAAGGGGAAUGAACAUAGCAUUAGUUAUCAUAGUUAUUGUGGUAAAUUUCGGUAAGGGUAAAUUUUCUGUUUAUCGCCCAGGCCUAACAUGUUAUAAAUAGGAUUAUUGUCGUAGUUGUGGCAGAAAUUUUUGUUGGUCUACCUGAAUCAAUCAUUUUCAACUUCUUCGAGUUGAAAACUGCUCAUUGGCAUUCUCUUCUUUUUAUACCCCAUUUCCUGUUAUAUACCAUUCAACUACCUUCUCCUACAGAUCCUUUUGAUAAUACUUUUACCCGCUGUAACUCAGCAAUGUCAGUGCAGCACUGGAUGAAACAUGCACGCAUCUGUCAGGAGCCUAGACCUCGCUGACCUCUUAUACAUAUAAAAGUGAAACUUUAUUAAGGGGUCUCAUGGGAUGCUGAGGUUAUACAUCUGUUCUGGACCACUUGACUUAUCAAGAAGUGUAAUGAAAGCACAGUUGUACAGUUAUGUUCCAUGCACAUGACGGCUGACCUUAGGGAUUUUUCUUGGAACUUACCUUGAUCACUCUUGCGUUAGCAUCAGCCUGUUUGUCUUUCUCACAGAAAAGUAAUAACAACUACUUAAAUAACGUGAUAAAAUAAUUAAUUACCCCAAUGUGACAUACAAAUAGGAAGAGUGAUGUUCCAAGAAUGGUGUUUAAGUACUGUAAGUCUGUAAGCUAAACCCAUUAGCUUGGAUAGAAGUGUGCUUUAGCUUAGUGCGUCCAACCUUCGCCAAGAGUUCAAGCCAGAAGCUUCACUGCUGCUCCAAGGAGUUACUCUUUGAGGUUUUCUGACUAUUUUCUGCCAUAUUCAGUGUAUAUACAUUUGAAGGAAUGUAUUUUACAGUCAUAAAUAAUGUUACUAAGCUCAUUGUGAGUGACGGUCAGACCCACUUUAGCCAUGGGCAACAAUGUGUACCUUGAUUGCGUGCUUCCUCCUGCAUCAGAUUACCAAAUGCUUGAUAACUGUGUGGAAUUCCAGGAACUGUUCUUGUGCUACUGUUCAGACUGACACCCAGCAACAACUGGUGGAGAAGAAGAGAGCAGGUUCUACCAACCAGUAAAAAUGAGAAUCACCGAAGUGGCAGUUUGUUGAAUUUACAAUCCAAUGCUGUGCAAUCAAACAUUACCACUCUGAUAUUGAGGCGAACUGAAGGGGGAGCUAAAGCAAGGGUUGAGUGGCAGAGGGGGGCUAGUUUUCCUUUAUGACCCAUCCUCAGGUGUUCCUUUGGCUCUGUGGAAGUGCUCAUCCACACCACACUACAUACCAAUUUUCUUGUGUCUUCUUUCAUUUUCCAUCCAUCAUGCCUCAUGCAUAGAUCACUGGAAACUGGAAACACCCAACACCAGUAAAAGCAAUUGAGGUCACUGAAGCAAAGCAUUCUGUCGGGAAUACUUUAGAAUUCGUGCAGAGUCUGGCUCACUGCUUCCCAUAGGUGAUGGUGAGGGUGUUUCUCUGUUUCUAGCUUUUCUCUUGUCCAACUCUUGUCUUCAUGUUUUGGGGGUCCUUUAGUGACCCCACCCUCUGUCAACCCCCCUGCUCCUGCUGCCACCACGGCCGGCCACCCCAGCCACUACAUUGCCAUGCCAACAGAGACACUUGCUCCAGCUCUGCCAGAUAGCAAGGCCGCUGGCACUGCGACGCCCUUCAGUUCCGCUGUACCCCUUCGUAUUCUUAACAAGGGUCCAGACUACUUCAGGAGACAGGUUGAACCCAACCCAAAACGCCUCAGUGCUGUUGAGAGACUAGAAGCAGACAAGGCCAAGUAUGUUAAGAGCCAGGAAGUUAUCAAUGCUAAACAGGAACCAAUCAAACCCCAAAUUCCAGCCAAGCCCCCCCUUGAGCUUACCCUUUUGUCUAAGAGAGGCACUGGAAUGUGCGGCGGAGGACAUGGAGGCGAUGUCCCUUUCAAACCUUCGAACAACAAUGCCAAGUCCGACAAAUGUGCGACCAGCAGCGGCAGCGGAAAACGGGAGAAUUUAAAUCUGGAGAUCCUCAAAAAUCUCCUGAAUUCAUCAUCUUCUUCAGGAGCAGGCCCUGAGGGGCUUCGUGGUGGAGCUAAGAGCGCCGUGUUGAUGAGGUCAUCUGGGGGAAUGACAAGGAGUUGGACACCCUCGGGGAUGCCAUUAACCUACCGAUCCACAAUGGCUCUCAAUGAGCAACCGCAAGACUCUGCUCCCAGUCCAAGCACCUCACACUCCUUGCGCUCAUUUUCCCAUUCCUUGAAGGUACCACCCAUGAACAGCGGUGGGCGGUGCAGUCCACAGCUGGUGGGAAACCUCAAUCUCAGCAGAAGAGUACUGGACGAGAGAGGCGGUGAAGGACGGGUUAUGGAUCGAUCACAGUCUCCACUUCCACCGCUACUGACCUCCCACUCUUCCUCGGACCUCCUGCGACUGUGCAACGGCAAGCCGCUCCGUACCGCUCGAUCUAGCAGCUCCUCGGCUCCACCGCUGCCCCCUAAACCAAACCCUGCCUCCCUUCCACCUCCUGCCCUCUCGUUGUCGCUUCCUCCUCCUCGUCCAAAUGUAUCCCCAUUGCUAUGUGAUAAUGCCACCCCUCAGUCGCUGUCAUGUGAUGUAGGAGAUACCGUCAAUCCUUCAACAGAUCCCAAUCUGGAAUUAGAGCUUGGUUCCUCUGUAGCACGUCGCUCCUCCCUACACAGGUCAAAAUCAGACCUGUCGGACCGGUACGCCCGGGCUGGAGCUGAUGUGGAACGUUUUUUUAACUAUUGCGGCCUCGACCCAGAGGAGCUGGAAGCAGUUGGUUCAGAGAACUUUUGCCGGGCAAAUUCAGAUAUCGUCAGCUUCAACAUGCGAUCAGCAUCCAUGAUUUCCUCAGACUGUGACCAGUCCCGGCAGUCCUCUAACGACGGCCUGUCGGACGGGGACGAGGGUGAAGAUGAGGACGAGGAGGCUGGGGAGCGAGUUCCUUACGGCAUCUCUGCUGUAGAACGGAACGCGAGAGUCAUCAAGUGGCUGUACAGCAUCAAACAGGCGAGAGAGACGCAAAAGGUUUCACAUGUUUAGCAACAGCCAACAAACAAGUGCUUCUUGACAGAUUUAAACUCUUAAAGCCUGGGCUUGCUAGAAACAGACAUCCAUCCAUCCAUCAAUCUUCUUCUGCUUAUUCCGGUUCGAGUUGUGGGGGCAGCAGCCUAAGCAGAGAAGCCCAGACUUCUUAGUCCAGCUCCUCCUGAUGGAUCCAGGGUCAUUUCCAGGCCAGUUGAGGGACAGUCUCUCCAACAUGUCCUUGGUCUUCCUUGAGGUCUCCUACAGGUCGGACAGGCCCUGAACACCUCCUCCAGGGAGGCGUCCAGGAGACAGAGUCAGAAGACUUUGAUGCCUAUUGUAGAUGUAAAAAUGUACAGACUGUAUUUUUACUACUGGAUAAGAGUUGCCCUGGUACCCUGUACUUGGUCAAGUUUUGGGUGUGUCCAUCCACUUUAACAAAUGACUCCCCAAAUCUCGGAACUGUCUGUUAUUUUUUCCCAUGAAGACAAAAAUAACAGAUAGUAGGGGUGUAACGGUUCAGCAUAAUCAUAGUUUGGUAUGUACCUUUUACCAUCCAGGAGCAAAGAUCUGUACAUUUUCACAUAAAGGUCUCCUCUUUACGUCAUCCCAACAUCAUCAUCCAUGUGGACCUCGUAGAUGCACAGUAUGUCUUUUUCUAGCAAGCCUUUCAUGUAAGUCCAAGGUUUAAGAGCUUAAAACGUCAUUGUCAUUCACCUAUUUCAAAUAGACACUCGGAAGUUGAGGAACUAAACUCCCCCGACCACUAUAUGAGGAACCACACUGGUGUAGCUAAAUAAAAACACAGGUUACAGGUUUUCAUGCGGUGUAUUAGUCCCUUAAGCAGAGCCUUUUAUGAUAUCAUUCAUGCUCAUCUGAUCAAAAUGCUGUCGUUUUGUGAGUGUAAUCAAUUAAACGAAACUAGAGCUCUUUAAGACCUUUCAGUUAUGCAGGUGCAAUAUGUACCCGUAUUUUAGUUCCUUGAUACUGUAGUUCUUACAGGUUGAUUUUCACAGAAUCAGAAGUCAUUGUCAUGUUAUGAAAAACAUUGCCUCAUGGUACUUAACCUCUUCGGACAACGGCCAUCAACAAGAUUCUGGUCCUGUGCCAGUCUCUCCACUUUCCUCCGGGUAUCGUGCAACCUCCAGACAUCAACCUCUUGGUCCCAUCGCCAGGUAUUUAAUUUCCUUUUUCCCUGUGGGUUCCAGCUGAGUGCUGGUCUUGUGAUGUUUUGGUUUGGUUUUCAGAGACUGUCCUAGCCAAUGCCAGCGUCUCUCAAGUAUUUCCUGUUCUAUGGGCUGCUGACUUGUCCUUUCCCAUAACUCUUGGUUGCUGAUCACAUCUGGAUAGUCUUAGUAUUCUUCAUGAAUAAGUCUGAUUGUUACGGUGGUUCUCCAUGUUUCAGCCCCAUACUAAAAGAUUUAAUUGUGUUGAAGAUCCUUGCGUUCUCAUUAAUAUGCUUCUUGAGUCUACAUGACCCUUGAGAGAGGAAGAGAAGUCUUCUCAGGGCAUUGAAUCCAUCGCAACUGGACUCUUCAGAUUGUCUUAAAAGACGUUUGUUUCGUAUCUCAUCCGAGCAGGCUUCACCAGUUCAUGCAUCUUCUAAGACAACGUGAACUGUCCAGUUGCAGUUACAAUAGUGAAUAAACCUCAUUUGCGUCCUUGGGUGGUUCAAGAGCACCUGAUACUUGAUCAUUUGGCUGAAAAUAUCCAAAUGCUGGGAAUGUCUGCUGAAUACAAUUCAAAGAGAUGAUUGUUGUCUAAUCUGGAGAAAAUUAACAAUUAAUGUUCGAAUGUUCUAUUGGUAUCGUUGCAGAAUAAUUGUACUGAUGCUCGCAUGCAGGAGACACUAUUUAGAAACUAGAACCUUAGUUCAAGUGGCUCUCCAAACAUGUCCGAAAUGACUUAAGCAAGUAAUUUUUAUGUUAACUGUGAGGGGAAAAAACUAUUUCAAGAAGAUAUUUCUGUGGAUUGUGACAAUUAAGCAAAUUCCCCCCCCUGACUUGGAAACUCGGUGGGCAGAGAUCCGCCACUGUCUUUACACGCAAGUGACGGACACAGAACCACAAUCAUGUCACAGCCAAAACCAAGGCAGAACUGCAGUGGUGUUGGAUGCACAGAUUGUCACACAAAAUUACAUCACACAUGAGCAAAGUGGAUUUGUUUUAUUUACCGUUCUUAGCUGUUCCUGUUGGGGCUCCAGACCUUGGUCAGGAGUGCAGCGUGAUCUCCGUCUGCUGCUCUAAGGCUGAGGCCUGUGACAUCUUGACUUGAUGACUCGUCCCCGUAUUUUCGUCCAAUGUAGAAAUUUUUUUCUGGACAAAACUUAUUACAACAUGUGAGCGUUGACUCACUCGCUCUCUCUCUCACUUGUACCUCUUUAGAACCUCCAAGUCUCAGUACAGGAGAUCGCGUCAGCUUUGCUGUGCAAUAUACAGUGGUGUGAAAAAAUGUUUGCCCCCUUCCUGAUUUCAUUUUUUUUUUUUUGCAUGUUUGUCACACUUAAAUGUUUCAGAUCAUCAAACAAAUUGAAAUAUUAGUCAAUGACAACACAACUGAACACAAGUUGCAGUUUUUAAAUGUUUUUUUUAUUAUUAAGGGAGGAAGAAAAUCCAAACCUACAUGGUCCUCUGUGAAAAUGUGAUUGCACCCUAAACCUAAUAAGUGGUUGGGCCACCCUUAGCAGCAACAACUGCAAUCAAACGUUUGUGAUAACUUGCAGUGAGUCUCUUACAGCGCUGUGGAAGAAUUGUGGCCCACUCAUCUUUGCAGAAUUGUUGUAAUUCAGCCAAAUUGGAGGGCUAUCACACUACAACCACCAUAUUUUACCGUUUGUGUAAUGUUCUUUUUCUGAAAUACGGUGUUACUUUUACACCAGAUGAAAUGGGACACACACCUUCCAAAAAGUUCAACUUUUGUCUCAUCAGGCUACAGAGUAUUUUCCCAAAGGUCUUGGAGAUUCUCCAGAUGUUUUCUGGCAAGAUUGAGACGAGCCUUAAUGUUCUUUUUGUUCAGCAGUGGUAGGCAUGUCACGAUAAUCGAUAAAUCAAACGAUUAAAAAAAACGAAGUCAAUAAUUUUGCCGCCCUGAUAAAUUGACAUGUGCAUAUAUGCCUGUUUGUAUUCAUCGUCUCUCUCUGUACCACACAGGCUGGGUGACGAGUGUUCACUGUGCGAGUUAGCAAGCAAAGGCUAAUAUGAAUGAAGGCACAAAAGCCGUGGUUUCUAAGCCAAAUGCCACACCCCGUGUGAAGGUGCAGCGGAGCAUUCAUCCAGACGGUCAGCGCUUACUGAGGCGUUUGAUCGGCAAAGUAAAUAUAAAACAAAACAGCACAAAAUGGUACGCGCUCACAGACAGUGUCGUUCACUACAUUGCAAAAGAAAUGCAACCUUUCAAUAUGGUUGAAAAGCCAACCUUUUGGAAAAUAUUAGAAAUGUUUGACACACAGUAAGUAUUGCCUGGGAGAACGUACAUGUCACAAAAAGCAAUUGUUGAAGGACAUCAGAAACAUUUCAUUUUGUUCCGCCAAAACAGAUAUGUUGACCAGCUCAAAUAUAAUCCCCUACAUUAGUUUAACAAUACACUACAUAACCGUGUGUGUAUGUGUGUGUGUGUGUGAGAGAGUUUUUAACAGAGCCUGACUCUAUUUUUUAUUGUUUUUGGUUAUUAUUGAGAUUUUUAUUUAAGUGCAAUUUUUGCUAAAAGAGACUGCGAGUCCGUUUUAUUUUCAUUGAGUUUUUUUGUCUUUUUGUUUUAUUUAUUAUGUUGUUUAUUUAAAAGCUCCUGACAUUCCAAUUACAAUGUUAAAUACUCUUGAGGAAUUAUAAGUUUAUUUCUUUUGAUACAAUAUACUCAUUAUUUUGCCAUAUAAUUAAAUGAAAAAAUUGUCUAAAAAAAUGUCUAUUCAUUAUAAACAACUUGUAGGACAAAUAUCAUCCAGCAAAAUUUGUUAUCGUGAAAGGCCUAAGCAGUGUUUUUUGUCUUGGACUCUGCCAUGCAGGCCAUUUUUGUCCAGUGUCUUCCUUAUGGUGGAGUCAUGAAGACUUACCUUAACUGAGGCAAGUGAGGCCUGCAGUUCUUUGGAUGUUGUGGGGUCUUUCGUUACCUCUUGGAUGAGUCAUCGCUGUGCUCUUGGGGUAAUUUUGGUUGGCGGGCCACUCCUGGGAAGGUUCACCACUGUUCCAUGUUUUCACCAUUUGUGGAUAAUGGCUCUCACUGUGGUUCGCUGGAGUCCCAAAGCUUUAGAAAUGGCUUUAUAACCUGUUCCAGACUGAGAGAUCUCAAUUACUUUCUUUCUGGGGUGGGGGACAAUUACUUUUUUACACAGGGCCAUGUAGGUUUUUUUUUUUUUCUUUCCUUAAUAAUAAAAGGUUUUAUUUUAAAAAUGCAUUUUGUGUUCAGUUGUGUUGUCAUUGACUAAUAUUUAAAUUUGAUGAUAUGAAACAUUGAAGUGUGGCAAACAUGCAAAAAAAAAAAAGAAAUCAGUAAGUGGGCAAACACUUUUUCACACCACUGUACACGUGCUAUAUAUCCGCAUAAUCGGAAGAAUAUCAACUAAAAGCUCAACCAAACCAAUUUUAGAGAGAAGACAAUUCAAACCACAAGCUCUUAACCCCAUAGCAUUCUGAGAUGUUUUGGCUGAAACGCCUGUAAAAAGCUGUCAUUGAAGCAUUGGGAGUAGAGGCAUGGAUUUGGGCUCUUUUUAACAAGUUUAUCCCAAACAGUCAGAAUCUGUCUAAGAGGUACUGACAUAGUGGAUUAGGAGUUUCACACGCAGAGGAAAGGUUUUUUUUUUUUUUUUAGGAAUGCUUGUAUUUUUGUCAGAAAAAAAUGUGCCUUCAAAAUAUCUAGUUUUUAGGUAUGGACUUCAAACCACAAAGGGGCCAUAGCUUACAAAGUCAUAGUAGGCCAUAGUCCUUACAUACUCCCAUUUCAAAUUUGACAAUACUACUACCAAAAAUGUAGUAUUUCAGACAGUUUUUUUUAAAGUUAGGAUCGGGGGCGGUGUAAAGCGUGGGCAAGCAAAUGGGCAUAAAAUGUUGAAGUAAAAAGUCCAGCAAAUGUCACGAAUUAUCUCAUAAAACACUAAUAUGACCCAAUUGGUAUCAUUUGAAACCCAAAACCUAAGUUUCUACGUUUCACUGGUACAAGUCUUCAGCACACACCCAAAACUGACUGCUCUGAACAGGGCUGUUAUGUGGGGUGCUCAAAUUCUUUAUCUUUGGGGUAUUUUGAGUGAAGCAUGUCACAGACACAGACUGAGAUACCUAGGAACUAUUUCAGUCUGUGGAAAAACAACAUGAUACACCUGCGAUAUAGCAAUACUCGCAGUUCCAGGCCAUGUCAUUGUGCAGUAGGAGUGUUCUCAAAUGCCACAAAUGUGUUUUGUAUGCACUUUUACUACAAAAUGACAGUACAUCAUGCAUGCAGCUAUCAAAGUGUCUGAUAACGAUUGCUUCAAAGUGUCUCAAGGCUCUGCUCAUCCCGUUUACCUCUGCAUUGUCACGAUCACUCACACUGAAAGUAUGUUUGCUUGUGUGAUGUUUAAAAAAAGGCAACUGAGUGGCUUUGCGGACAUGAAGUUCCAACCUCCACACUCAAACUUGAGUACAUUAAAACACAUUUCUUCCAAAGGUUUAACACACUGUUUACUGUCGUUAUAUGUGACAGAAGAUUUCUUUACAAUAGGGGUGGAUGAUACUGCAUAUUUUGGUAUCAGCCUGACACCAAGUAAUUACAGGAAAAUGUAUCUUAUUUUCAAAUGCAAAUGUUGACCGGUAUGCUCCUGUGUCCAACAACUUAAACCCAGAGUUUGUAGAAAACAUAACAAAUAAAUAUAAUAUCAACAAUGUAACCAGAACAACACAACCAAAAAACACAAGAUAUGUAUUUUUGAAAAUAAACAUCAAACUGAAAAAUACCAAUCUCAUUACGCUUGUAUCGACCAGACUAUCAAUAUUUCGAUCCGCCCAACCCUACUAAAGUAGUUUUCAAAGUCAUGCCUUGGGUGGGUCAGCACUGAGAGAAUGAAAAAAUCUUUUAAUUCUGCUAACUAAAGGCAAAAUGGAAGUGGGGGGCAUUUGAAUUUCAGUGACCCCCACUUUAAAAAGUCCUGCUUUACAAGAACUGUACAAAGCUCUGUGUUUUGACAGCUGAUGGACUAUUUCUUUUAUGUUCCAAAAGUGAAGGGGGUCCAGUCUAAGCUAGCAUGUUGCUAUUUCGUACCUUGUCCUGUCAUUGCUGUAUGUCUUUCCUGUGGAAUCCAGAAAAAGAACAACGUGUCAGCAUUAAGAAAACAGUAUUGUAUUGUUCUUGUAGUGUCAUCAUGCUUUGCUCUCGGUUCUGUCGACAAUAUGUUUUUCUUUGUUAGAUUUGGAUGGACAAAAGUUCUUCUGUGAUACUUUAAAUGAUGUAAGAAAAAUGUAUAUAUUUGGCUUGGGUUGUUGAACAUGAGUUUUUUUUUUCUUCUCUGUUUCCAGAUUCAGAACAGCAUUGUUUGGUCACCACAGUAAAGAACUGUCUAAUCUGAGCAAGAUGCUUAGUGUUUUUGAUGUGGAAGAGUUCCAUUUGAUUUGAUUAAAAACAAACAUGUUCAUGUUUCCAUUCUCGUUUGCAUUAUUUCAAUAAAUGGCUUUUUUGACAUUCA